UUCACCAUGACAACCAUUUGAGGAGUCUUUGUGUUUCCUCUUUUUGGUUUGUGUAAGGUCUGUGUUCUCACUCAGUUGCUUUGACACAGCGGAAGCACAAAGAAAGAGUAGAGAGAGAGAGACCGCCACCGAGCUACAGAAAUUUCAACACUAAAGUACAUCUAGAGGCAGCUGAAAAGAAAGAAACCGACUAGCAAACCGACCCGCUUCGAGGUUAAAUAUGGCCAGGUUGGACGUCGUAGAGACCUUUCACGGCUUAUCUUUUCCUGGACAUCUGCACACCGAGGAUUCCUUACAACAGGCUCUCAAAUUUUCAUUUAAGGACUCGGAUAUCCUCAUUGUUUCUUAUCCAAAAUCAGGCACCACAUGGAUGCAGGAAAUCGUCACGCUCAUAUCCAACAAAGGGGAACCACAAAUGUCCCAAACUCUCCCAAACUGGGCCCGGGCUCCUUGGCUGGAGCAACAUUAUUUUGCUGCGUUACUGGAGGCUUCACCCUGCGUGAAGAACCGAGUCAUCACCACACACCUGCCCCAUCACCUGCUGGGCCCCACCCUCAAGGACUCAAAAGCAAAGGUCAUCUAUGUGAGCAGAAACCCUAAAGAUGUGGUAGUUUCCUUUUACCACUUCCACAACAUGGCCAACUUCCUUCCCGAGGCAGGCUCAUUUCCAGAGUUUUUAAACCGGUUCCUGGAUGGCACAUUGCACUAUGGCCCCUGGUUUGACCACAUUAAAGGCUGGAGCAGUCAGACUAAGAACAAUGUGCUUCACAUCACCUACGAAGAGAUGUCGAUGGACAUUAAAGGGGCCAUUGAGAGGUUGAGCGCUCAUCUGCAGAGCCCCUUGCUGGAGGACGAGCUCAACAACUGUGUGAAACACUGCAGCUUCGGCAGCAUGAAAGACAACAAGAUGGCCAACUACACUCUGGUCACUGAGGAGAUAAUGGACCACAACAAGGGCUCCUUCAUGAGAAAAGGUAGGAUUGGAGACUGGAAAAACAUGUUCACAACGGAGCUGAAUACAUAUUUCGAAAGUGUCUUUGAGUCCAAGAUGGAGGACUGCCCUCUGGAGUUUGUGUGGGACGAGCCACAAUCAGACGAGACCAAUCCCACUGAUGUUGCAUCCUGUGACAAACAGUAAAUCACGGUAUCGUUGAUUAAAUGGAUGAAGGGUCACUUGGGACACAUUGUGCUCAGUAGCCUUUAAUGCCUUUUAUGUAUGUUGUACGCUUGUUUUAAUUGAUGCACUAGUGAUAGAUGUAACAUUUGAUGAUGUAUUCAAUCUUUUGAUUAAGAUUAUGCAUGAAUAAAUCUCACAUCGACUGAAUCCUCCUAGCUAGAACAUAUAAUGAUCAUAUAACUUAUGUUCUGCAUCAAAGGCAGAUAGCUGGACUGAAAAUGUACUUAUUUAUGUUAUGUGAAGAGAACAAUAGUUAUAACCCCUUCUUACUAAAAUGACAGCAAAAAACAAUAUUAACACAUGUUAUUCUAACAGCACCUUUCUGUUGUGCAACAUCUACUGGAAUUUCCUUUUCUCAAGAAACAUGGUCCUUGCACCACACACGUUUCUGUCUGUUGCUGAAUUCUGCUUUGUAAAUACAUUUGAUGUGGGGAGGACCGGCUGAAUGAAUAUCUCUCUGUCUGGAUGAAAGUGACAGUUUAUUAUGGGAAAUUACCCCCAAAUUACAGUUAAUUACCUAUUUAAUUACUAUUUAUUCAGUUGACCAUUCAUAUCUUAACUCAGCUAAACAAUAAAAGAAGAAAAAAGACCUGAGUUGUGUUUGAGAUGAGGGUUGGUUGUGGAUGGAUUUACUUUUAGCACCAAUGACGAGAAAGGUAGCGUUAAAGAUGAUAAAAGUGGACUCAAACCUCAGACUUUUUUGGGUAUAGUUUUAAAAGUUGUUGUAAAAAUAUAAUAAAUGCGUUCAUUCGGCUGUCUGCAGAUGAUUUGAUUGAUCUUGUUUUGGAAAAAUAAAUAAACGGUUCUUCUAACCCAUUCACUUGAA